ACUGACUAGCUCACCUCUGGUCCACAUAUAUCUCCGGUCGUCAUCACUGUUCUCUCUCUCACAUCUGCUUCUCUACCUGAAGCCAUUCACACAGAGUCCUGAACCGUCUGCCAGAGGGCAGCAGUUCAAAAAGUGCUUUUCCAGGGUGGGUUGAAUCCCUGAGGAUGUGCUGAGCCUUCCUGAGGCAGUGAGAGCUGUGCGGUGACUCCAGGGAAGGAAGGUCGCAACCAAUGAUCCUCUGGGCUGAGGCGACGACUCUCUGCAGAGCUUUUCUGCCUGCUGCUGUGCAGCUGGAAAACCACACGCCAAUGCAGUAUGUUUGAAGUCGUCUCCUCAUCAUGUCAGACAGCAGCAGAACUGUGGAGGAUGUGAGGAGCCUUAUUCAGUCCAGAAAAGGCUUCAAUCCACAGCAGAUGAUGAAGUUCUUUGACAACUGGGCAGAGACGUACGAACAGGAUGUGAAGAUACUCAACUACAGGGAACCAAAUCUGGCGGUAGAUUUCCUGAACGCCAACUUCCCUGGGAGUCAUGAGGAGGCUCAGGUUCUGGAUGUCGCCUGUGGGUCUGGACUGGUCGCUAAACUGAUGGCUGAACUGGGCUUCAAGCACUUUGUUGGAGUGGACGGCAGUAAUAGCAUGCUGGAACUAGCUGCAAAGACUGGCCUCUAUCAGGACCUCAAACUGGCCUUACUGGAACCAGAACCACUGCCUACACAGACUGGUGCGUUUGAUGUUGUUAUCAUCGUCAGUGCUUUACGUGAUGGUUCUGUGCCGGCCAGCGCUGUCAGGCAGCUGUGCCAAGCCGCCAAACCAGGAGGUUACAUUUGCAUGACGAGAGUGGAUUCAGCAUCAGACCCUAAACAAACAUACAAGGUGUCUUUGGAGAAAGAGCUGCAGCUGAUUGAGGAGGAGGGACUGUGGACUCCAGUGGACACCAAAGAGAUGGACAAAUUCUACAUAGACCCUUUUAAUAACUAUGACAAUGAGCAGAGUGACCAAUAUGUCGGUGGGACCAUAUACCUGUACAUGAGGUCACUUAAUUAGUCACUUUCCCUCACUAUCCGAUCUGUAUAUUCAACAGAAUGUCACUAAAUACACAAAAAUUCAUGAGGACAUUUUGAUCCUUGGUCUUUGAUCCAUGCUAUUAAGCCCCAAACUACGAUACAGUACGAUACACGAUACAAUAUACUUUAUUGUCCCCAUAGGGAAAUUUGUCUUUGACGUAAGUGCUGUGCACAUUGCCUGUUUCCACAAAAAAUCAACAAACUAACAGGCCAUUUACAAUUUAGGAUAUUAAUUGAGAUAGGCACAAAGGAGUUUUUAAACCUAUUCAGUUUACAUUUGGGGACUCUGGGUAAAAGUUCAAACUCAGGAUAAAGGACAUGUGACGGGUCAGAUAAAGCUCUCUGAGCCUGCCAGACUGGUCAAAGAUGGCCUGAGCAGUCUGUUCUUGGGCAGGCUCAGUCAUUGAUACGUGACAUCAUAAAAUACAAAAGGCUAAAUAGUUGUUAUUUAAUGUAUGUUUUUCAUGCAAUCAUGACAAUAAAUGUAUACAUUAAAAGAAAAACCCACAA